GUCGUGCUAAUUCCGCCUCUUCCUUUUACUCAGCUUUGUGACCUCCGACCCGGCAGUAAUUUCAACCAACGAUGGAGGAGGAGUGGAGAGAGCUUUAAUUGUCUUUAUAUAAACAGAAAAUUCACUGCAAAUUCUUCUCGCAAAAAUAUAAACCGCAGAGCGACCGCUGUCCCUGGUAAUCGGAGUAUGACGGUACCGAGGCCCUGAACAUUUCGUCAACAGGUGCAGGAUGUCAAUGGAGGACCCGUUUUUCGUGGUGAAGGGGGAGGUGCAGAAGGCGGUGAACACGGCUCAGGGGCUGUACCAGCGCUGGACCGAGCUGCUGCAGGAGCCCGGGAGCGCCACCAAGGAGGAGGUGGACUGGACCACCAAUGAGCUCCGCAACAGCCUGCGCUCCAUCGAGUGGGACUUGGAGGACCUGGACGAAACCAUCAGCAUCGUGGAAUCAAACCCGAGGAAAUUCAACCUGGAUACGAUGGAGUUGACUAAAAGGAAAGCCUUCAUCACAGGCACACGACAGACUGUAAAGGAAAUGAAAGACCACAUGUCCAGCCCAAUGGCACAAGCAAUGUCUGAUCGCAAGAACCGGCAGGCUCUGCUGGGAGAAAGUGUGUCCCAGGGACCCGGCUGGCAUUCUGGGACAGACAAGUACACAAGGUUGGACCGAGAGCUCCAGUCUGCCAACUCUCAGUUCAUAGAGGACCAGCAGGCACAGCAGCAGCUCAUUGUAGAGCAGCAGGACGAUCAGCUGGAGCUGGUGUCGGGCAGCGUUGGUGUGCUGAAGAACAUGUCACAGAGGAUCGGCCAGGAGCUGGACGAGCAGGCUGUGAUGCUGGAUGACUUUUCACAUGAGAUGGACAACACCCAGUCCCGACUUGACAACGUCAUGAAGAAGCUGGCAAAGGUCUCCCACAUGACCAGUGAUCGGCGCCAGUGGUGCGCUAUCGGCAUUCUCCUGGCCAUCCUGCUAGUAGUGCUAAUCCUCUUCUUUGCCCUGUGAUCAGCGGGGCGCUGGACCGUACCGUGGGUGAAGGGCGUUUUACAGUGAAGGGCCAGCUGAAGAAACAUCCCUCCAGGCUCUCUGCGCUGUAAAAGAGAAACUUGCACAGGCCCUGGGGUGCUUUUCAGCUGUCUGAUAUUUGGUUACCACCAAAGUGUAACACUGAGCUUUUUAUUCUUCUUUUAUUGUGCUAUUUUAAUCUUAACAGAAUGGAUAACAAAGCUAGGAGAAAACAGCCACAUGUAUAGCGCUGUCUAGUUCAGCUGUAAAUACUAAGCCUCUUCUCGUUCCUUGACAUAGUCACCCAGCUAACCCAGAUAUGCCAAGACGUCUGACCGCUCCUGGACAUGAACAGUCCCAUGAUAACUGGCGCCUGUGCUCAGCUUUUGACAGAAGUGCUGUAUCCUCUUGUGAAGAAAUUGAAAUUCCACAAGCAUCUCUUCAAGGGUACUUUUCCAGGGGGUUGGGCCUUAAAGAAUGGUUCCUUGUUUGAGCUUAGGGGUCUGGUUUUGGUUUCUGCCGGGGUGCCUAAAGAGAUUGAAAAGUAUUUGAUUCAGCCUCAACUGUGUUCAGCUUCCUUUAAGUCUCCUAAUGCUGAAUUUGGGGAUGGAAACUGGUAUUUGGGGGGCCUAGUGCAAUCCCUAUGUUUGAAUAGGAUUUUCCUGUAAAGAAUUAUUAUGGUGGUACUGUAGCUGGAUGGCUGGGUUAAAAUCCUACUUAUUCAAUAAUUUCCUAAAAUUGACAUGGAAAUAACCCUGCAAAGAAGCCUUUUGUUUUUAUUAUGAGAGGUAAAGCUUUAGGACCUCCUGGCUAAAUUAAGUUACUCAUAAUCUAAAAUGGCAACACAUGCAUGGACUGUUCCUACAUGAGCUCCUCCCUGCAGGCUAGAUUAGAGACAGUGAGAGGCAGCCCCUGUUCUGUGGCUGGACCCUCAUUCCUGCACCCCUCUCUCUGUAGCUGGGAUGAUAAGACUGAGCUCGUUCAGUCAGUUAAGAGUGGGCUCUAAUCCAAUACUUUCCUCUGCCUGGCUUUCGCCCACAAUCUGAAUUGAAAUCCACUCAUGUCUUUGUGCUGUUGUGGCACAGUAUCUAGUGUCUUAAUUGCUUCAUUACGGUUUAAAAUGAAUGGGUGAAUAAGUUGGGAAUCUCUUUAUGCUAGGGAAGCCAGCUCAUCUUUGUAGAUAUCCACCAUCGCUAGUCUCAUCACUACAUCACUGCAGUGUCAAAGCUCCAAAAAGCAGUUCUGAGUGAUAGCCACUAAUGAAUUAAAAUACAUGUCAAACAUUGUAGGCGUUGGUACUCCAGGCCUUUGUACUUGUGACAAGUCAAGCAAAUCUUUUUCGGCAGUCCUUGUGUCUUUGAGGGGGGUUGGGGGGGAAACUUGUUGUCUGUGAGCGUUCUGUUCUUAUUCUCGCCCCCUUGUAGGAAGGGAAAACUCACUUGACAGUCUGUACUGAAAAAGGAUUUUUAAAUAAGGGUGUUUUUAAGAAAAUGCCAUUCUGCAUUAGAUGAACCUGGGAGUAAUAACUCAUUAACUUGCACGUUCUCCCUUUUAUGUCACACACUGUGCAUUAUAGGAAAGUGACAUUGCGAUUGUACUGUUCUCAAGUUGGGAGUCUCCGAGCCUUGGCCAAUUAAGGCUGUGCGUGGUGCUUGAAUUCAUUGUCGUUUUCUUUCUGGUUUGUUUUUACCAGUCAGAUAUCGGGAGAAAACAAAGGGACGGUUCACCAAGAUUGAUUAUUUUUGUGUUUAUUUCUUUUCCAGUUUUAAUAGCAGGUCUAGUCCUUUCAGUUUUUAGUCUGAAUUCAAGUUGAACAAGCAGUUUCAUAAUGGAACUGUGCUCUAGUGGUAUGAAAACUGAGAUAAAACAACCUCUGAUCUUCAGCGUUUGGAAAAAGUGCUGCCAUUAAUUCAAAUUGAUCAAAAUCCUAUGUGGAGAUGAUUAUUGGAAGUGAAUGCAACACUUAAUGUAAUCAAUGCACAGAAAGGAGAUGUGACCUCUCUGAUAUUUAUCAGUAGCAAUAAUGUCAGAUGCAUUCCCUGUCUUUGUGUGUAUAUUGAGGGAAAAUGAAAGACUUUGGUUUGUUUUUUCAUGUAUGAGUUUAAAGUACUAUUUCAUGUCUUUUGAAUACUGUAUUCUAGCCUGUAUAUACUUCAGCUGUGACUAAUGCUGUUACGUCACAAAAUGUAGUCUUACAGUUGCUGUUUCUAUCUGACACACUAAGAGCAAACACAAUUUAGCUAUUUACCACUUUCUGAGCUUGUUGAACGGUGCUUCCUAGGUUGCCUGUGUACUUCUUUUCUGCAGUAUUAAGGGUCACAGCAUUAUUUGUGGUCCUUACCUCGAUAUCCGCAGUGUUACAGCCUCCAUGUCUACAUGGGAAGUGUGUUCUGCAGCCUUGUUUCUUCGCUGCUGUGUCAAAUGGGGAGAUGUGAGCCACCAGAUCAGCAGGCUGUUCUGUGACUGUUCCUUUUUCUUUAAGGUCUUCCCAAGUACAUUCUCAGAUCCCUAAGGCAAAGACCUUAGGGUCAGUUUGUUGUUCUAUCCUGUUAGUGAAUACUCUGAAAUGUCUUAAUGUAUUAAGGCUGCCAGGUAGUUCACGGAUGGGAACAAGUCUAGGUGCCGUGUCUUGGCAUAGGUGGUAGUUGAACACUCUGUUCUGGCUUUAAGAGAUAAUAAGUCUCUUUCCAUCAUUAUUCUUCUGUUUAUUAAUAUUUUAUUUAUUGUCAUGAAUUAUCAGAUCUUUCCUGCCUUAGCUGGUACUCAACUUAAGUAAAAUUUCAAUCAGUCCCACUGACAGUGCUUGUUGACAAAACUGCUACUACUGCUACAAACUGCACUUUGAGCCCCUUUUGUUGGGAAAAGGUUGUGAGGUGUUGUUGGAGGUGGUGAGGUCGCGCCAGCACCCAGUUCCGUGUGAAAGUACCCUCUUGUCACUGCACUGCUUGAGGAAUAGGAGUGGGAGUGUGAACUCCGAUGAUGGAUUUACCAGCUGUUCUGGAAACUUGCAGCGUAGUUGCUAAAAAGACAGGUUGUUGUGCCAGCUUCCUGUUUGAAACCUCUAAGCCAUUUCAUUUGAUUUCUUCUAUGUCAGGAAGUCUCUCACGGGUAGCCUCUGUCUCUGGCUAAGGUCACGUUAGGACGUUUUAUAUAGGCAAGCUUUUGUUAAAAACUUGACAAAAAUUAGAUGUCAAUGGCUGUUUUUGCCUCCACUGCCACACAGCUGACCCAAAAGUCCCAAUGAAAUUCUUUGCUGGUUUGUUGUUUCACUUUAGCAGCAGGACCGCAGUCCGGACCCCUCUACAGGGCCAUAGGGCCGCCUGUUCCCCUGAGUCCUGUACAGGACCGCAGGCUUCAGUCUCAGACUAAACUAAGAGACAUCCAGAUGCUAGGCAGAGUCUCAUCAGCAAUCAAACUCUCAUCUUUCUAGUACAAAGAUGAGAAAAUAUCAGUGGCGGUACGAUGAGGAUAACACAUCUUCCACAAUCACACCUGUGUCUUUCAGCAGAUGGGAGCACAUCUACCAAUGGAGUGAAUAGGUUGGUUCAUUUUCCCUGUCUUGUGGUGGUGUGACGCUGAGUAUUCCAGGGAUAAUCUGUGGGCUGUUGGCGAGAAAGACCAGGUGCCCUAGAGACCAGUAGGGAAUGGACUACGUAUAGGUGAAUCCUUUGCAAUUGAGAACGUUGCUUCCCAAGACAUUUUAGCAGCCGGCAUGUAGGAUCCAGAGCAGUACUCUUCAGUCUUUCCUGCGUUCCACCACCUGUCUAAACAGUUGAAGUAGUGUCCUGCUACAACACUCAGUGCUUCCUCUGUAACUCACUACCUGGCCAGAAAAGAGGGAAACCACUUCUUUAUAAAGGCACAUUACAGUCACCUGUUAGGAACAGUAUGAGCUAAACGGGCUAAAUAACCUUCUGUCAUUUGUAACUUCUGUUAUUUUAAACCUUGUUGUGUUCAGAACUAACUGUGACAACCCAAAUCUUCAAUAACCACUGAAACGAAAUAACUGUAAACACUUUGUAAGACUUUAUUUUUAACCUUGUUUGAAAAUGUUUUCCUUUGUGUGCAAAUUAUUUUUUUUUAAAAAGUUGAAUGGUGUGUGGUCUCUGCAUUUCCAGCUUAACACACGUAUGCACAAUGUGCUUUUUAUCAGUGGAAAAAGAACAGUUACAGGGAAAACUAGGAAAAACAGCAGUAACAUUGUUGACCUAGGAUAAAGAACUGGACAGAUGCAACAAUAAAUCUUGUGUUUAAAAAGAAUGCACAGUAAAUGCUAAAACAUGUUCUGAUAAAUUUGGUUUUAAGACGCAAAUAUGCUAUGUUAAAACGGUAAUGCACGUAAUUGUACAGUCAAACAUUUGUCCUGUUGAGCAUUUUAAAUAGACACUAACUGCAAGCUUGGAAAGAGGCCAUGAGGAGGUAUGGGAGUGCUUAACUACUGUAUGCUACUCUUGUGUGGCGUGUGUAACUGUUGUGCCACUGGAGUCUGUCAACAUGAUUGCUCGUCUCUGCCAGACUCCCCUGUCAUGACUCAAGGACUCUUGUUUGGCUGCCAGGGCCGGAGUUGACCUAAAUAAAGCCACUUGCUGCAAUUCAUACUAAUUCAUUUCA